AUGCAGUGUCAGGAUUGCACUGCUCUGACUCAUCGGUUGAGCUCACAGCUUGAAAAAAAAGAGAGAGAGAGCGAGAGGGCGAGAGGCAACAGCGAAGGAGGAGGACUCUCUGGCGUGCUACAAAGGAUUGCACAACUCGGGGCUGGGAGCGCGGAGCGCCCAGCGGCGGGCCGGCGCGCGCGGCACGGCGGCGAGCAGGAACCAGCUCUACCACUUCAUCAGCACAACUGUCUCGGGUCUGCCUCUCAGCCAGCAGGCCCGGCGCCGCCCACUUCCUGCGACCAAAUAAGGCCGGAGAAGGCGUCUUUAAACCUCCGGCGGCUGCCCAGGCUGGGGAUUUCCAGCAGACCUCACCUCCACUCCCAAGUCAGUCGCCACCCUCCCCCAGCCCAGGCCAGCGCCCCCGAUGGCUUUGCUGGAACCAACAGGCCACGCGGCUCGUUCCUUUCACACCAAGGUCAGGACGAGACGGUGACGAAAUGUUUGGAAACCCAGCGGGCCUGCCAGGAAAGUAUGUGUGUGAUGUUGGGGAGGACACAAGUCGCUUUCUUCCACAAAGAAAACUCUCGUUUUGGAUACGGAGAUGGGUCAGAAGGAGAUUUUUCUCUGAAGGAAAAACCACUGAAGAAUACACUGUGUCCUGGCAGCUGCUUUUCCCCUGUGGCCAGUCGUGAGAAGCAGGUGCAUCCCUUGCUUUCUCAGGGGGAAGGGGAGGGGCAGCAGAUUCUCACGUCCCUCUGAACCUGCAGGGCAAGGACCUUCCCCACUACGCCCCUCCCUCUGCCCCCAGUGGAUGACAGAGAUGACACUGGUACCUUCUGCCUAGAAACCUUCAGAACCCCACACUUGCUUCUAAGGGGCAUGACCUUCCUGUCCUCUUCCAUCCCUUCACUGGCGGGAGCACCUGUGUGCAUCUGACGCUCACACCUUACCCAGGAGGAA